AUGCCACGCUACCUCCGCGACGGCUUCUACCCCGAAGUUCCGGAGCAACAGCAGGCCAGGUUCGCCUGGACGGAGGAGGAUGGCAACAUCGCGUCGCUGGUCUCCGACCCGGGCUUUGGAACAACUGGCCAGACGACCUUCGGCAAGGAUUUGGAUGUGGAGCUGAAGACCGAAAUGAAGGAGGAAGACACCACAAGUUCGGUGUUUCAAGCAUCCAAUCGAAACGCGUUUGAGUUUCUCAAAAAGACGCAGGGCGAGCCGCCGGUCGUGUCAUCCACAUCUACAGCUAUUGCCAGUACGGGCAAAUGCAACCAAAGUACAUACAAGAUUGACAAAGCAGAUCCUAGGUCGAGAUACCACUACGUGAAAUACGUGAAGAGGCACGGACGGACGGUGAAGUUGUGGGAAUGCGGCAUAUACCGCGCGUGCAAAGCCGCGGAUAGCAGCCAGUAUAUCAUACAUACCACACAUUUGCUGGUCUCAGGCAGCCGUGAGUUCCAGCACCAAUAUACGUUGAUGCGUCAUCUGCCGACUCACACAGAUGAGAGGAACUUCCAUUGUAGCGCGUGCGGAAAGAGUUUCAGGCAACUUUCGACCCUCAGUCAGCACCGAGCGAUACACUCCGCCGAGAGGCCGUACUCUUGUGAGGCGCACCCAGAUGAAAGUAGCAGUACAAGCAGCGGAAGUGGACGCAACGUUCCUCGCGUGGCGAAAUCUCCUAUUACUAGAGGCCAAGCCGACUCUACGAGGUCGCCUAGCGAGCACUGCGAAGUGAGCUCCACCGUGGGCCCUUACCCAGGUCGGGCAGACACCGCCCCCACCGCUUGGACGAAGGAAUUGUGGCCGACGCCCCGCUUCUUCCCGGAGCCGAUCGACGCCUGGUGCUUCACCAACCCCUGGGGCGGGACGGGCACGGGGGUGGUGGUGGACCCGAUUAAGACGUACCACAUGGGGGUGGCCUUGGCGACCAAGCAGACGCCGUUCGCCCUACUCAAGCCGGAAAAGGGCGCACCCGUUCUGGUCAAGGUGGUCGACACGAAACUGCCCGGCGGUAAACAGAUGCUGGUGCCAGCCACCGCCGAGGAUCUGAGGGACGGUGGGAAAAUCAUUAUGAAGAACGAUGGUAGCUCCGAAUCGCAGGGUGCGGUGGUAGGGGUGGGGCCGGGGAUGGAGGGCGCUCUGCAAAUAAGGGUGCCCGUCGUGGCAACUGUGGUGCCACGCAUCCAGCCCGGUGGCAGGCUCCGUCUCAGUGUGGAGGAGCCGCACCGCGCCUACCACACGGCCCUUUCCACAGAAGCUGGUGAGAUUAAUGUGGAUCCAUGUACCGGCCACAGGCACUCAGAUAUUUCUAAAACGCCUUCCACGCACGAGAAAUCUAGCAGAUUCGAAGACCACGCAGCAUCAUCAGCCUCGUGCAUUUCGUCGUCUUGCACCUUCCCACCACCGGCACCUUCUCCACCACUCGAUCUCAUACCCAUGGACUUGUUUGAGCCCAUGGAGUGCCUUCCGAUGGGACCUCAAAUCACCGCGGUGGACAAUGUUCAUCAGCCUCCAGGCUCGGACGACUCUGAUAUCUUCAUCGGGACCUUUGAAGCCGGGCCGCCGGCGCGACGCGAGCGGCGGGCCCGCCACGUGACCGCCGCGCGCACUGGAUUAGAAUCUAGGACCGUCAGGACAACGGAGCACAUCUCAAUCCUAGCGGAUUUGUCGCGGCCGCCGCGCGGUAAUGAGUCCGCAGACAGUCUG